AUGGCUCUCAAAAGCGGAUCGCUUACCAGUGCUCUGAGAGCAGCAUCCAAGGAGGACAUUUCGGGCGCAUGCAUCUUCAAUGGCAUUCAAGGGGCAUCUAAGCUCUCUGCGGAGGUGGCUGACAAGGCGUCGUCAUAUAUGUCCAGCCUCAAGCGAACGGUUUGGACCAGGGUGGCCAAGGUGUGGGACGUCAGUUGUAUUCCGGUUCAAAACAAGCUGAAGAGUGCCUCAGUCGACUACAUCAUUCAUGCUCUGAACAAUGCUGCUGGCGAAGACGUGAAAAUGAUGGGAAUUGCGUUUGCAGAUGACGACAGCGGCGGGAUCGACAAAAUUAUGCGAGCAUGUAUUGACUGUAUUACCUCUGGUAGCCUAGACCACUAG